GAAAUCCCGCUACGGCUGGUUCGGAGCCUGCAGGAUCCCGCCGCUGGAUGUGGAUAGCUUUGCUGGGGCCUCUGGUUGCAGUGGCCGUGCAGAUGUUUCGAACCGGGCAGCCGACGGCACAGCAGAAGGGUCGAAAGCAGACGGACUUCGAAGUUUGGGCAACUGCCAGAAGAGGACUUCCAGAUGCUUUGCAGAUGAAUGUAACGUGCUCGAAAACUCCGGGCGGAGACGGAACAGGAGGCACCGGCCUUUGCGGAACUCCCCGUCGAGGCAAUCGAUGUGCUCGAUUUGUGCUGGACGGAGCUAUACCUGCAGCGGACGUGCAG